UUUUAUUUAUUUCAGAAUUGUGAAUACAGAAAACAUGGUAUCCAAAAUUUUAUUAAUUUUCGUUCUGACAUACGCUGCUGUACAGUCACAAAUUAAUAAUCCUGAAGAAGAAGUAGGUGGAGUAAUUGGAACCACUCCAGAAUUGGUCACAGAUAUAUUUGGAAACGUUUUGGACAUCAAUAAUAUACCAACUGUUCCUUUCGUACCAGUACCUCAACUCAUUAGCAAUGAAGGAUACCCUUCAGAGAAUCACUAUGUAACCACCACCGAUGGAUAUAUUUUAAAUCUACACAGAAUACCCCGUGGUAAAAAUGGCACAAGUAAUGGCAAAGUCGUUUUGUUACAACAUGGUCUCUUACUAGCUUCUUCUGAUUGGGUUUUACUUGGACCCAAAAAUGGUCUGGCCUAUAUUCUUGCCGAUGAAGGUUAUGAUGUGUGGCUACCAAAUUCUAGAGGAAAUAGGUAUUCUAGAAACCAUACCACAUUAUCUCCUGAAUCUAGCGCAUUCUGGCAAUUCAGUUUUAAUGAAAUGGGAAGAUUUGAUAUUCCAAAUACUAUUGACUACAUCUUAGCACAAACUCAACAAACUAGUCUUUUCCAUAUUGGACACUCUCAAGGUACAACAAGUUUCUACGUAAUGAAUUCUUUAAGACCUGAAUACAACAGCAAGAUCAAAGCUCACAUUAGCUUGGCCCCUGUUGCUUACAUGAACAACUUGGUCAGUCCAUUGGUCAGACUUUUUGCACCCGGUGCAUCGCAGAUCGGUGUAUUGCUUCAAUUGGUUGGAGAGUAUGAAUUUUUGCCUGACUCAGGAUUCGUUGACCUUUUGCUAGACCCUGUGUGCUCAAUUGGCGUUGGAAAGGUACUCUGCAAGAACGUUCUUUUCGCCAUCAACGGUUUUAGCCCUGAACAAAUGAACGUUUCUAAUGUACCACUGUUUUUUGCCAACUAUCCAGCAGGUGCUGCAACUAAGCAACUGGUUCAUUACGGUCAAGAAGUCAACACUGCAAACUUUGAAAAAUUCGAUAACGGACUUUUAGGAAAUCUCCAAGCAUAUAACAGCAUCUUUCCACCUGAUUACAAUAUAUCUAAAAUUACUGCUCCAGUUCACUUUAUUUACGCUUCUAAUGAUUUUUUGGCAGCAGUUGUUGACGUACAAAGGCUUUACAGUCAGUUACCAAAUGGUCAAGAACUUUAUAAUGUUCCUCUUCAGACGUUUAAUCACUUAGACUUUUUGUUUGGAAUCAAUGCUACUAAUUUGGUGUAUGAUCGUAUUAAACAAAUUCUUGCUUCUUACUAGGAUGUUGAUAAUAUACAGGAUGUACCAAUCUUGUGGAAACGUUUGAUAUAUUCCUAAAAAAAUGUAUUAACAAAAUUUAUAGAGUGACUUAACGGCGACAUUUUAAAAUUACUUAAUAUUUAUCAAUAUUGGGCAAUAUUAAACAAAAAUUGACUUUUCAUAAAAGUAUAUUUUUAAAUAGGCAUAACUUUCAGUCUUACUCUAUUUCAAACACACAUCUUUUAGUUAAAACAUGAUUAGUACAUUGUAUAUAAUAUUUAAAAAAAUAUAUAUGUAAUAAAUAUUAUUUUG